AUGGGGAGGAGAAGCCAAUUUUAUUCGCGUCUUUCCUUAUUCGCAGAAAAAAAUUAUGCACAAAUUGAGCGUGAAGGGUUAGCAAUAAUCUUCGCAGUAAAAAAAUUCCAUAAAUAUUUGUUUGCACGCAAAUUUAUUUUAGUAACUGAUCAUUUGCCGUUAAAAUCAAUUUUUAAUCCGUCAAAGAAUAUACCUGUUGUAGCUUCAUCUAGAUUACAAAGAUGGGCAGUUAUAUUGUCUAGUUAUCAGUACGAGAUUCAACAUAGGAAGGGGGUAGACAUAAGUAACGCAGACGCGUUAUCAAGAUUACCUCAAAGUAGUAAUACUGGGGAAAAUGCUUGUUCAAUUUUAUUAUUAGAAAAUUUACCUUUAACGUAUAAGGAAGUGAGCAAAAAAACGAGUACAGACGAAGUAUUAAAAGAAAUAAGUCAGUAUACGAAAGAAGGUUGGCCGGGGGUAAAGUCGUUAAAAUCAGAGUGCCAACAAUAUUAUAAAAGACGGGAAGAAUUAUCGUUAGUAAAUGACUGUUUGAUAUUAGGUAAUCGCGUAGUAAUUCCAAAGUCAUUAAGAGAAGACGUAUUAAUGUUAUUACAUAAAAACCAUCCGGGUAUUGUUCGUUCGAAAAUGCUCGCAAGGUCGUAUGUAUGGUGGCCUAAUAUCGAUAUUGAUAUAGAUAAGUUUAUUAAGACGUGUACGGAAUGUCAAUGUAAUCAAAACGAUAAGAAUGUUAGUGAGAAAGUGUAUAUUCCGUGGGAAAAUUCAUCAGAUUCUUGGAAAAGAAUACACAUCGAUUUUCUAGAAAUAAAUCAAGUUAAAUUAUUAAUCAUUGUUGACAGUUUUAGCAAAUUGAUUGAGUGUUUUGCAAUGGGAAGUACAACAGCUUCAAAAGUAAUCGAAGUUUUAGAAAACUGUUUUUGUCGUUUUGGUUCCCCAGAGAUAAUGGUAACCGAUAAUGGUCCACCUUUUGGCGCAAAUGAAUUUAAAGCAUUUUGUGAGAAAAAUUGUGUAAAACUAGUACAUUCGCCGCCAUACAAUCCAGAGUCUAAUGGGUUGGCAGAGCGAGGGGUGCAAACGAUAAAAAAAUUAUUAAUAAAGAGUUUGUGUGUAGAGAGAGAUGUAAAAAGAAUACAAUCAAAAAUUAAUAAUAUUUUAGUAUCAUAUCGUAACACACCAACAUUGGUGUUACGAUAA